CAUGUGAAGGAAGCGAUCUUAAAAUUGAUUGUAAUGGUCAGGAAAAAAUUGAAGUGAUUUAUGCAAACUACGGUAGAACUUUGUCUAAUGUUUGUCCUGGUGCCUACGAUUCAAACACAAAAUGUACAAACGAAAAAAAAUCUCUUGAUAUUGUUCACAGUAGCUGUUCAGACAAGAGUUCAUGUAUUAUUAAAGCAUCCAAUACAGUAUUUGGUGAUCCAUGCGUGGGAACAUACAAGUACCUAGAAGUGAAGUACAAAUGUAAACCACAAGUACCUUUUGCACGAGCAUGUGAAGGAAGCAAUUUAAAAAUUGAUUGCAACGGGAAAGGAUUAAUUGAAAUAGUUGAUGCAAAUUAUGGAAGGACUGUGUCAGGAGUUUGCCCUGGAGCAAAUGACUUAAAUACAAAAUGUGAUAACAAAAAAAAGUCGCUGGAAGUAAUACACAAUAUCUGCUCUGGAAAGUCGUCAUGUAUUAUAACAGCAUCCAACGCAGUAUUUGGUGAUCCAUGCGUAGGAACAUACAAAUACCUCGAAGUGCAAUUUAGAUGUAAACCGCAAGUACCUUUCGCACGAGCAUGUGAAGGAAGCAAUCUGAAAAUUGAUUGCAACGGGAAAGGAUUAAUUGAAAUACUUGAUGCAAAUUAUGGGAGGACUGUGGCCGGAGUUUGCCCUGGUGCAAAUGACUUAAAUACAAAGUGUGAUAACAAAAAAAAGUCGCUAGAAAUUAUACACAAUCUUUGCUCUGCAAAGUCGUCAUGUGUUAUUACAGCAUCCAACGCAGUGUUUGGUGAUCCAUGCGUAGGAACAUACAAAUACCUUGAAGUGCAAUACAGAUGUAAAUCACUAGUACCUAUUGCACGAGCAUGUGAAGGAAGCGAUCUAAAAAUAGAUUGCAAUGGGAAAGGAUUAAUUGAAAUAGUUGAUGCAAAUUAUGGGAGAACUGUGUCGGGUGUUUGCCCUGGAGCUAAUGACUUAAAUACAAAGUGUGAUAACAAAAAAAAGUCGCUUGAAAUAAUUCAUAGCACUUGCUCAGAAAAAUGUUCGUGUACCGUUAAAGCCUCCAACAACGUUUUUGGUGAUCCAUGCGUUGGAACAUAUAAAUACUUGGAAGUGCAAUAUAAGUGCAAACCACAAUAUUCUGUUGCUCGAGCAUGUGAAGGAAGGGAUUUAAAAAUUGAUUGUAAUGGUAAAGGAACAAUUCAAAUAGUUAAUGCAAACUAUGGAAGAACUUUACCUGGUGUUUGUCCAGGUGCUAAUGAUUUAAAUACAAAAUGUGAUAAUAGAAAAAAGUCACUCGAAGUUAUACAAAACAGCUGUUCAGACAAGUGUUCUUGUACUGUUAAAGCCACCAAUGCAGUGUUUGGAGAUCCAUGUAUAGGAACAUAUAAAUACCUAGAAGUACAAUAUCACUGUAAAUCUCAUUCAAACGUUGUACGAGCAUGUGAAGGUAGUGAUUUAAAAAUAGAGUGUAGUAGUAAUCAAAAAAUUAAAGUAAUCCAAGCCAACUACGGUAGAACUUUGUCUAAUGUCUGUCCUGGAACACAAGAUUCAAACACAAAAUGUAACAAUGAAAAAAAUACAAUUGAACUUGUUAAUAAAAACUGUUCAGCAAAAUCUUCUUGUACUAUUAAAGCCUCAAAUGCAGUAUUUGGCGACCCAUGUGUUGGAACAUAUAAAUAUCUUGAAGUGCAAUACAGUUGCAACUAAUAAAACGUUUUUUAUUGUUCACAUACUCAUAAAUGUAUACUUCAAUUUGAAUUUAAAUGUAUUGAGUUAAUGAUGGUAUUAGUUUUUUAAAAUAUUUAAAUAAUGGAA